AUGCAUGCUCCAGAAGUCAGGGUGUACCUAAUAUGCCCAUGUGUCUUUUAUACCAUCAAGUACAGUAAUAUGCUCUUCUUUCCGCCCAAAACGACAGCAAAUUCCCAACCAAUGGAUCAAGGAAUCAUACAAAAUCUUAAGCACCAUUACAAAAAGCUCUUGCUGUCCCGCCGUCUCGAAGCCAUGGAUGAAGGAAACGAGUUUAAAUUUACAUUGCUCGACUCUCUGCACGUCGCUCGGCGUGCAUGGGAGCAGGUCAGUGAAUUGACAAUUAAGAACUGUUUCGCGAAAGCCAAGUUUAUUGAAGAGGAAAUACAAAUAGAGCCAGAGGAUGCUGAGCUGCUCGAGAUCUGGAAAGCUUUACCUCCUGAGGAAAGGACACAUGAGAAUGAAACAAUUGAGCUGUUUGAUUUUCUUAGUGCUGACGAUCGCCUCGUAACUGGAGGAUCUUUCACUCUAGAAGAAAUAGCAAAGGAGGUAAUGCAUAACGAAGAGCCGGUGGAAAGUGAAGAUGACGAGGUAAUUGUGGAAGAGGAAUACUUUUCGUUUGCAGAUGCCCAGAGAGCAUGGAGCACUAUCCGAAAGUUUAUGCAGCAGCAGAGCAGCGGAAAACCCAGCGUCAUGCAGGCGUGUGAUAGGCUAGACAACGAAAUGAACGAAAUCUGCCAAAAGAAGAUGAGUCAGCCGAUAAUUUUUGAGAGCUUCGGGAUUAACUAA